AUGCCGCCCAUUCUAGCAAUCAGACAUGAUGCCGUUCAGGCCGCGGAUAGCCUGCCUGUUCGACGUGCUUUUGAGGCUGACGUUGGAGCUGCUCGUGCAACGCCAGCAUGGCGCGUGCCCCGGCCUGGCCUGCCCCUCCCCGUCGGCAAGCUCAGAUCUGGUGCACAUUGGCCAAUCACGGCGCUCGGUGGAACCCGCUGGUCCGGCCCUGGACGGCUUUCCUCGGCUGUCUCGCCUCCCCGCCAACGUUGGGGAAGGUGGGAUGCAGGUGCUUGCCCAGCCGUGCCGUUGGCACGCGGUGGUCGGACGCCGCUCGGCUGCAACACCACCACCAUCAGCUCGGCUAAGCUGCCGGACAUUUUUCCAAACCUUUGUCUCCGUCAAUACCCCACAGUCCCGACUUCCCGAAUCUCGACCACAGCCAUGGCCCUCAACCUGAGGACGACCCGACUUGCCCGCGCGGCGCUGCUCGGCGCGCGCCCUUACAGCAGCUCCGCCGAGCCCGAUCUCAAGGCCACGCUCAAGGAGGUCAUCCCCGCCAAGCGCGAGCUCCUCAAGAAGGUCAAGGCCCACGGUUCCAAGGCCAUUGGCGAGGUCAAGGUCGAGAACACGCUCGGCGGCAUGCGCGGCCUCAAGGCCAUGGUCUGGGAGGGCUCCGUCCUCGACGCCAACGAAGGCAUCCGCUUCCACGGCAAGACCAUCAAGGACUGCCAGAAGGUCCUGCCCAAGGGCAAGACCGGCACCGAGAUGCUGCCCGAGGCCAUGUUCUGGCUGCUCCUCACCGGCCAGGUGCCCUCCACCAACCAGGUCCGCGUCCUGUCGCGCGAGCUCGCCGAGAAGGCCCAGCUGCCCGCCUUCGUCAACAAGAUGCUGGACGACUUCCCCACGGACCUGCACCCCAUGACGCAGUUCGCUAUUGCCGUCUCGGCCCUCAACUACGAGUCCAAGUUUGCCAAGGCGUACGAGAAGGGCCUCAACAAGGCCGACUACUGGGAGCCCACCUUUGACGACUGCAUUUCCCUGCUGGCCAAGCUGCCCACGAUCGCGGCCAAGAUCUACCAGAACUCCUAUCGCGGCGGUGGUGCCCUGCCCGCCGAGGUCGACCUCGAGCAGGACUGGUCCUACAACUUCGCCGCCAUGCUGGGCAAGGGCGGAAAGGAGAACGAAAACUUCCAGGACCUGCUGCGCCUCUACCUCGCCCUGCACGGUGACCACGAGGGUGGCAACGUCUCGGCUCACGCCACGCACCUCGUCGGCAGCGCCCUGAGCGACCCCUUCCUGUCCUACUCUGCCGGCCUUCUGGCCGCCCAGGAGGUGCUCCGCUGGAUCCUCCAGAUGAAGGAGAACAUUCCCGCCAACUACACGGAGCAGGAUGUCAACGACUACCUGUGGUCGACGCUCAACUCGGGCCGCGUCGUGCCUGGCUACGGCCACGCCGUCCUGCGCAAGCCCGACCCGCGCUUCGAGGCUCUCAUGGACUACGCGGCGGCGCGCCCGGAGAUUGCCAAGGACCCCGUGUUCCAGCUGGUGGAGAAGAACAGCCGCAUCGCGCCUGAGGUGCUCAAGAAGCACGGCAAGACCAAGAACCCGUACCCCAACGUUGACUCGUCGUCGGGCGUCCUCUUCCACCACUACGGCUUCCACGAGACGCUCUACUACACGGCCACGUUUGGCGUGUCGCGUGGUCUGGGCCCGCUGGCGCAGCUCAUCUGGGACCGCGCCCUGGGCCUGCCCAUUGAGCGACCCAAGAGCAUCAACCUCGAGGGUCUGCUCAAGCAGGCUGAGGGACAGUAA